CCAUUUGCAUAUGUUUGCAAUUGUAGUGUCUGUGUGGUGGAUUGAGAAAGUGAAUGUUGGGGCUUUGGAGUACUCUAGGUUUUUGUUUGCCAUGGACAAAGGGUGGACACAGUUACACUUGUUUGUAAUCUUCCUGCUCUUUUUGAGUAAUGCUCAUGGAUUUAAAGCUGGAGCUCAUUCAGAUGCCAACCACUGGUGGGGCCAACCUUCAGAUAAAUCUUUCUCACCUCGUGCAGUCCAGUCUUCUGUGUCAGAGGUCCCUGUGACUGGGAUUUUGCCUGAAGAAGUGGGCUCUAGUUUAUUCACUAACAGACCCCUGAAAAGGUUGAACUUGCUCCAAUUUGUUAAAGGUGGUGUUUCCAGCAGGCAUGAAUCAAUGUCCCAUGCCCAGACCACUCCAAGCAGCUCUGUUUUAGCUUCCUUGCCUGUACCCUUAAAUGAACUGCAUGCAGGCCAUUUGACAUCACUCCAGGGUUCCUCUGGUUCAGCCGCUACAGAUACUACUAGUGUGUCUACGCAAGGAGAAAGUAGCUUCCCUGCCACACUUGGCAAUUCUGGCCUGUCCACCAGUGAUCAAAGUUCCCCUAGUUUGUACGUGACCAGUUCCCUGGAAACCUCUGGUGCCUUGGGUCAAUAUAACCCGGGCUCCUAUAACGAGCUCAGUUCUUCAUCUGUUUCUAGUCCGUCUACCAGUGACCAGAGUACCCCCAGUUUGUAUAGUUCUAGCUUUCAGGGAAAUUCGGGCAGUUUUUUGGAAGCUUCUGGCUCUUUUCAAGGGGAAGUGGCAGGGCUUGGCUCUCAUGUUGACUUGUUUCCCCAAUCACAGGACCGCUCCAGUCAGCUUCUACCCUCACCCUUGGAGGUCUCUAGCCAGUCUACUAAUGGUCAAAGCACUCCCAGCCUGUUUAUGCUUGGCUCUGACAGCAGUUCAGGAUCACAGUCAGCAGGUCCUGCUUCACCUCUAGACACUCAGGGUAGUCUCUCUCAAAGCAUUUCUAGCCAGUCCACAAGUGUUCAGAGUUCACCUAGUGUGUCUACAAGCACCCAGAGCAGGUCUGCCACUCCAUUAACUUCCAGUAACUUAUUCCCUGUGCAGGGAGGUAGUAGUUCUACUUCUAGCUUAUAUCUGAAGCCUCAGGGCACUCUUGGUCGGUAUGCCCCUGCGUCCCAUACCAAAUAUGCGAGUAUACCCAUGUCGUCACACCUAGCUAUUUAUAGCCAGUCAAAAAGUACCUCUGGUCCUUGGUUUGAGGGCUCUACUGGCUUUGCCUCCCAGGGAAUGAGUAGCACUUACAGUGGUUCUGUCCAGUCUCAAGGUACCACAAGUCAGUUUGCCUCUGGGUCUCCAUCCUCCUAUCCAAUUGUAACACUAUCCUCACCCCAAGGUUCCGCCAGUCAGUCCGCUACAGCCCAGAGUUCAUGGAAGCAGUUUGCCUCUAGAUAUGGCACCCAGUCAGGGUCCUCUAAGCCAAUCACCCUGCAGGGAAGCACUUACGGUGGAUCACUCGAGCCUCAAGGUACCACAAGUCAGUUUGCAUCUGGGUCUCAAUCCUAUCCAAGUGUAUCACUAUCCUCGCCCCAAGGGUCCUUCAGUCAGUCUGCUGCAGUCCAGGGUUCACGGAAGCAGUUUGCCUUUAGAUAUGGCACCCAGUUAGUGUCCUCUAAGCCAAUCACCCUGCAGGGAAGCAAGUAUGGUGGCUCACUCCAGCCUCAAGGUACCACAAGUCAGUUUGCAUCUGGAUCUCCAUCCUAUCCAAGUGAAUCGCACUCCUCGCCCCAAGGUUCCUCCAGUCAGUCUGCUGCAAUCCAGAGUUCACGGAAGCAGUUUGCCUCUAGAUAUGGCACCCAGUCAGGGUCCUCUAAGCCAUUCACCCUGCAGGGAAGCACCACUGAUGGUGGGUCACUCCAGCCUCAAGGUACCACAAGUCAGUUUGCCUCUGGGUCUCUAUCCUAUCCAAGUGCAUCACUAUCCUCGCCCCAAGGUUCCUCCAGUCAGUCUGCUGCAGUCCAUAGUUCACAGAAGCAGUUUUCCUCUAGCUAUGGCACCCAGUCAGGGUCCUCUAAGCCAUUCACCCUGCAGGGAAGCACUUAUGGUGGAUCACUCCAGCCUCAAGGUACCACAAGUCCGUUUGCAUCUGGGUCUCAAUCCUAUCCAAGUGCAUCACUAUCCUUGCCCCAAGGGUCCUCCAGUCAGUCUGCUGCAGUCCAGAGUUCACGGAAGCAGUUUGCCUCUAGCUAUGGCACCCAGUUAGUGUCCUCCAAGCCAAUCACCCUGCAGGGAAGCAAGUAUGGUGGAUCACUCCAGCCUCAAGGUACCACAAGUCAGUUUGCAUCUGGAUCUCCAUCCUAUCCAAGUCAAUCACACUUCUCGCCCCAAGGUUCCUCCAGUCAGUCUGCUGCAAUCCAGAGUUCACAGAAGCAGUUUGCCUCUAGAUAUGGCACCCAGUUAGUGUCCUCCAAGCCAAUCACCCUGCAGGGAAGCAAGUAUGGUGGAUCACUCCAGCCUCAAGGUACCACAAGUCAGUUUGCACCUGGGUCUCCAUCCUAUCCAAGUGAAUCAUUAUCCUUGCCCCAAGGUUCCUCCAGUCAGUCUGCUGCAGUCCAGAGUUCACAGAAGCAGUUUGCCUCUAGAUAUGGCACCCAAUUAGUGUCCUCCAAGCCAAUCACCCUGCAGGGAAGCAAGUAUGGUGGAUCACUCCAGCCUCAAGGUACCACAAGUCAGUUUGCAUCUGGAUCUCCAUCCUAUCCAAGUGAAUCACACUCCUUGCCCCAAGGUUCCUCCAGUCAGUCUGCUGCAAUCCAGAGUUCACAGAAGCAGUUUACCUCUAGAUAUGGCACCCAGUCAGGGUCCUCUAAGCCAUUCACCCUGCAGGGAAGCACCACCGAUGGUGGGUCACUCCAGCCUCAAGGUACCACAAGUCAGUUUGCCUCUGGGUCUUCAACCUCCUAUCCAAUUGUAACACUAUCGUUGUCCUCGUCCCAAGGUGUUGCUGACCAGUCCGGCCAAGCAGUUCAAAGCUAUUCUGGGUACCAAAGCCAAAAGUCUCAAAGAUGGCAGCCUUCACGAGGUAUUCAUGCCUCGGGUGGAGCUGCAUCAUGGGGUAGCUCUCUGUCUCAAAGCUCUCCAAUGCAGAGUUUCUUUUCUUCCCUGUCGUCAGCAGGAGGCUCAUCUUCAGCAUAUCCUGGACCAUUUGUUUCUGCACAGGGUGGUAGCAGCAGACAUGGUGGCAUUUCUCUUCAUUCUCAAAGCCCCUCUAGGAAGUACACUCCUGGGUCUCAUGCAUAUGCCAUGCUUGGUUCCUCUCCCCUAGCUGUUUCUAGCCAGUCUACCAGUGAUAAGUGGUCAAAUGGCCUGUAUAGGUCAGAGUCUCUGGGAACCCAGGGUCUCAUUGGUGUAAUUGAAAGACCCUCUAGGCUCUCGUCUCAAGCUCCUGACUCUACAAGCAGUAACCAAAUAUCUGAGCAUUUUGGGACCAUGAAACGCCCCACAGGUUCAAACCUAACUCCAUCUCUAGGCUUGAGUGCCCUAGAAUCAUCUGUUGGCAUGUUCUACAGUAUCCCACAGACUGCACAUGCACUACGUAACUCUGGGUCAGAUGUCCAGCUAAACAAUAAACCAUUCCUCAAUCAGCGAUACUCUGUAAAGGGCUAAGGAACUCUAUAAAACAGCUAUGUUAUGCAAAGUGUCUUCCAGAAUAAAAAAAAUCAAAUGUGUAACAGUUUUUUUUUCUUGUGCUUUUGUUUAUCCUACAUUCAAAGGAUAGAAAUCCAUGUUAGUUUAG